AUGGAGAGGUCCCUGGAGUUGACAAACAUGACCAGAGUCCAGCAGUUUGUCUUGUUGGGUUUGUCCACAAGGCCAGACAUAAGGGAUGUCCUGUUUGCCGUCUUCCUGACUUUCUACCUGCUGACCCUCCUGGAGAACACGCUCAUCAUCUACCUCAUCUGCAGUCACAGUGAGCUCCACAAGCCCAUGUACUUCUUCCUGGGCAACCUGAGCUGCCUGGAGAUGUGCUACGUGUCAGUGACCAUGCCCAGCCUGCUCAUGGGGCUGUGGACUGGACCCUGCCUUGUGUCCUUCACAGCCUGCAUGACCCAACUCUUCUUCUUUGUCUCCCUCAUCUGUACUGAGUGCACCCUUCUGGCCUCCAUGGCCUAUGACCGCUAUGUGGCCAUCUGUUGCCCACUCCACUACCCACUGCUCAUGAGGCCCCAGGUUUGCCUGGGCUUGGCCUUGUCUUCGUGGCUUGGUGGGCUGCUGGUCUCAGUGGUCAAGACAGCAUGCAUUUCCAGCUUGUCCUACUGUGGCCCCAAUGUUCUCAAUCACUUUUUCUGUGAUGUCUCCCCUCUGCUCAAUUUGUCUUGCACCCACGUGGCCCUGACAGAGCUGGUGGACUUCAUCUCUGCCAUCGUCAUCUUCUGUGGUUCCCUGCUCGUGGCCUUGGCCUCCUAUUUGGUCAUUGGUGUGGCUGUGCUCCGCAUGUCUUCAGCUGCUGCCCGCUACAAGGCCUUCUCUACUUGUGCCUCGCACCUGGUUGUGGUGGGCAUCUUCUACUCAGCCACUCUAUUCAUCUAUGCCCGUCCCAACCGCGUAGAAGCCAUGGAUUUCAACAAGGUAUUGUCUGUCAUCUACACAGUGGUCACGCCCACGUGCAAUCCUGUCAUCUACUGCCUGCGGAACAAGGAGGUCCAGGCAGUUUUGCGGAGAACUCUCCACUGGUCUUGA